UGUGUGUGUGUGGGGUGGGGGGAACCUGAGAACCCAAAAGCCAGGGAGACAAAACCUGCGAGGUAGGCUAGGGCAGCGUCAGCCCCGCCUCCCCGAGGCCGGAGCUACCCCCUUCCUAUCCCCCACCCCUUCCCCAAGCUUCUAAUGUCUUGCUAUCUGGUUCUCUUUAAACUUUGGAUCCCCGUCCUGCGGCUUUUGGAGGCUCCCGCAAAGCCAAGAGAGAGCCCCGGGGGCUAGCACACACAAGUGCAAACAAUUUAUCCCAAGCCAGGUAAUCCGAACUGCUUUAUCCUGUCCCGCUUCCUACUUGGCAGUGGUUGGGCAGCUCCUAGGGAGCGGAGGAGGACUGGGACCAAGUACGAGACGAGAAUAAACGUGCGCGGCUGAACAGCUGUCAGAGAAGCCCAGAGGAGGAGCACGGAGUGGCGGGGUAAGGAAAUUUCUACUUAAAAGAACACUGUGAAAAAAUGCUGGAAUCAUCUCUUCGCCUCUCCCCUACCCAUGUUCAACAAACAUGUAACACCUGCAUGUUAAAGGAAUAACUACCAGGUGUUGUUGAAGAUGACAUCAUCCUGAUUCUUCAAGGAAGCUGGCUCAGAGACAUGGUCAGGUGAUAUGAUUGCUUGACAAAGGGGUGUAGCCUUUACAUGGAUUGUUAUUCUUCAUAAAUUUUAUUGUCUGGGAAUUCCAUUACACAUAAUCUAUCUCAACUGGAUCUCUCCCCAAGGAGAGCAAGAAGCUAGAAGAAAACCAGAGGAGUAAAUGUCCUGAGUGUUGAGAGAGAGAAACUCCAAGUAUAAGGAAUUGAGCUUGGCCUUAAAGCAGGUCCAGGAGCAGAGCUGGACAGUGAAUGGUGAACUGAGAAGAUGGCUGCUCCUGAAAAGAGAGCGGUUCGAGAAUCCAGGAAGGCCAGACUUUCACUUAAGGGGAAUGAGGCCAAUCCCAAGUUCCCAAAAGAUGCACAAUGGAGUGGGACAAGAGGACAGGACCCAGGCCAGCUGGACAUGUUGAAGAAAGCUCAGGAGUUUUUCCAGACCUGUGACACAGAGGGCAAAGGCUUCAUCGCCAAGAAGGACAUGCAGCGACUUCACAAUGAGUUGCCUCUCAGCUUGGAGGAUCUGGAAGAUGUGUUUGAUACCCUGGAUGCUGAUGGCAAUGGCUUCCUGACUCCAGAGGAGUUCACCAGUGGAUUCAGUCAUUUCUUCUUUAGCCAAAAUAACUAUACCUCUGAUGAACAGAGGGCCCAGCCCCAGGGGGAGAAAAUCUAUCAGUCCAAGUGUGAAGAAGUGAUUGACAACAAGGAUGAAGAUGAGGAAGACCAGUUCCACCUAUUGAUGGAUAAACUCGGAGCACAGGAAAUUUUAGAAGAUGAAAGUGAUGUUAAGCAACUUUGGGAGCAGCUAAAGAAGCAUGAGCCUCACUUGCUGUCCAACUUUGAAGAGUUUCUCUCCAGAAUAUUCUGCCAGCUACAGGAAGCCCACAAGGAGAAGGAUGAACUGGAAUGUACCCUGAAAAAGAAAAUUGCCACAUAUGAUGAAGAAGUUCAGCAUCUCUAUGAAGAAAUGGAGCAGCAGAUAAAAAAUGAGAAGGAACAGUUUCUCUUAAAGGAUGUGAAGAGAUUUCAGUGUCAGAGUCAGGAGCUGGAGCAAAAGCUGGUGUCAAAGGAACAGGAGCUGGAGCAGCUUGUCCAGAAGCAGAAACGGCUGGAAGGUCAGUUCACGGCCCUCAACAAUGACAAGCAUGAAACCAAAGCAGAGAACACUAAACUUAAACUCACCAACCAGGAACUGGCCAAGGAAUUAGAGAGGACCUCGAGUGAGCUCCAGUAUGCUCAGUCGCAGCUGGAGAGCCUGCAGAAAGAAUCCUGCAAGCUGCAAGAGGAGAAGGAGAUGGAAGUAUACCGGGUGACAGAAAAUUUGCAGAGGGAAAAGACAGGACUUUUGAAACAGCUGGAUUUCUUAAGGGAAAAGAACAAACACCUACGGGAUGAACGGGACAUGUGUUUGCAGAAAGAUAAUACAGCAACCACAUCAAAAGCAAGCUGGAAGCAAAGAUCUGGCUCUAUCAUAGGAAAAUAUGUGGAUGGAAAAGGUAUCCCUAGACGCUAUUCAACUGAGGAGGAAGAUGUCUUCAGUAUACCAAGAAGGAGGAGCUCCAUUAGCCUGAAUGGGAACACAGAUGGGGAUCCUGGGGCCGGUGGGCCGGGUCUUCGGGCUCUCAGGAGGAUUAUCUCCAUUGAAGAAGAUCCCUUGCCUCAGCUUCUGGAUAGGCACUCUGAGGGUCAGCUGAGUAGAUGUCCGGAAGAGGAGGAGAGCACUGGGCAGCAUCCAGAGGACAAGAACCAACAAGCACCCCCCUUGGAACCUAUAUCUCCUCGAGGACAGCCAGUAGGAAAAGAAACAGGGAUCCAUGAGAAGAGCUCUUCCAGCUCCCCGGAUCAACUUUUCAAGAUUGUAUUUGUGGGCAAUUCUAGCGUGGGGAAGACAUCAUUUCUGAGGAGGUUUUGUGAUGACCGAUUUUCCCCAGGCACAGCAGCUACUGUUGGGCUAGAUUACCAAGUAAAGACAUUGGAAGUGGACAAAUCCCAGGUGGCCUUGCAGCUGUGGGACACAGCUGGGCAGGAGAGGUAUCGCUGCAUCACCCAGCAGUUCUUCCGCAAGGCAGAUGGUGUCAUCGUGAUGUACGACAUCACAGACAAGCAGACGUUCAUGUCCAUCCGCCAGUGGCUGACAAGUGUUGAGGAAGCUGCGGGAGAGAACAUUCCCAUCCUCCUUCUGGGCAAUAAGGUUGACAAUGAAAAAGAGAGAGAAGUCCCCCAGGGACAUGGAGAACGUCUUGCUAAGGAGAAUGAUUUGAUUUUCUACGAAUGCAGCGCGUAUUCAGACUAUAACGUCAAAGAAUCAAUGCUUCACCUUGCCAGGAUCCUCAAGGAACGAGAAGACACUGUGAGAGAGAAUAUCAUCCAGGUCCACCAUCAGCCCAAGAAGAAGUCCUGCUGUGGCCAGCAGUAGACUACCCAAACUGUGCUUUGAGUUCAUGACAGGUCCCAUGUUAGAUCCAGAGUACGAGUUCUUUGUUGAAGCCACCAGCCAACAUAUGGCCAGAGCUUGAUUCAUUUCGAUGACUCACUCCUCGUCUUUGGGACAGCCUGAUCUCGUGGAAGCCACUGUUAGACACUAGGGGUCCAUUUCCCCCCCUCAUCCCUCAAGCCCAGAUGUCCAUUUAAAGCCUGGUUUCCUAUGGUGAAGAAUGGGGUGGGGAUGGAGAGGGAAGGGAUAGGCUUGACAAAAGUCACUAUGUGCUUUUCUCCAUCUCCCCUCUUCUUCCCUAGCCCAGGACAUUCUCAGCAUUGUAAUAGCCCUGGCAUUUUUUAUAGGACAGAUUUGCUGCUUAUUGGAUAGCAACCUGAGUCCUCCUCAGGGACUAUAUCAAGGCACAUUUUCUGGUAACUAAACUGUCUCUGUAAGCAUUUCCUGAGCCUUGAUCUUAUUUAGCUGUGUUUAAAUUACUUCGACUCAAUAAAGAUUUCUUAUGAAAAUACCAA